ACCAAUGCGUCGCUUCUGAGUCACGCAGCUGUGUAUCGUCGCCUGCACUAUAAACGCGAGCACUUCAGAGCCCUUGCUCUAGUCAACAGUGGGCGUUCGUCGUGUCUGCAUCGCAUUCGAGAAGCAUUCCACCAUGCCCGUCGAUCUGUACUGCUCUUCCGGAAGCCCGCCAUGCACCUUCGUCAGGGUCGUGGCGAAACUUUUGGGCGUGGAGCUCAACCUGAAGAAGGUGAACCUAAUGGCUAAGGAACACCUGCAGCCAGAAUUUGUGAAGCUAAACCCACAGCACACAGUUCCAACCCUUGACGACGAUGGCUUCGUCCUUUGGGAAAGCCGUGCUAUCGGUACGUACCUGGUGGACAAGCAUGCCGCAGGUAGCAAGCUGUACCCGAGUGACCUCAAGGAGAGGGCUGUGGUCAACAGGCUAUUGUACUUCGAAUCUGGAACCCUGUAUUCCGCACAGAUGAACUACUUCCGUCCCAAGUGGUUCCGUGGUCAAGAGCCCAGCGAGGAAGUGAAGGCUGCUUACAACAAGGUUCUCGAAACUGCAGUGGCCCUUUUGGGAGACAAGAAGUUCUUGACCGGAGAUGACGUCACUCUGGCUGACCUCGGUCUCGCCGUCACACUGGGUGUCUCCAUUGAGGCGGUUCCUUAUCCCGACUUGGAAAAGUUUCCUCAACUGGUUGAGUUCUACAAUCGUGUCAAGAGCGCCGUACCGGAGUACCAGGAGAUCGCAGCCGAAGGCUUAGAGCUCGUCAAGCGAAUGGCCGAGCACCAUAAGGGUGGCGAAAAGGGACAGUGCCCGGGGACGUGCCCCAAAUCUUCUUUCUUACAAACAAAUAAACAAACAGCACACGCACAAAUCGCAAGAUCCAACAAACAAGAGCUGUCACGCCGCAGCGUCAACACACAUCGCAACGUACAAUAUCUCGACAAGCCCACCAACCCCGUCAUUUGGCGUCAAUUUUUUUUCUUCUCUUUUCUUGCUUUCUUUUUUUGUAACAAUACCCAGCCAUCAAGAUCUCCAUUGUUUUUUCCUACUUUUCAACAAUGCACACGAUGGAUCGUAUCAGCAUACAAUAAUAGUCGCCCUUCAAACUUGUACGAGCAGCCGUCCCAAGGACGGCAUGCUAUAGGUUCCCGGUCUGCUGCAUGUCGGCCCCGUCCAACACCCAUCACAUCCUCUUUAUCAGACCCCGAGGGUGAGAGGGAAAGAAAACCGCCAGAGCAGACGCAGCGCACCGGAAUCGGCGCAUCCUUGCUUUUGCCUCUGACAGCACACCGCCGGGAUUUGCCCACGUCGACAUCGCAAAAGAAAAUGGUACUGACAUUGUACAACCUUUACGGUAGUCCACCAUGCGGUGCUGUCCGAAUGCUCGCCCAGUAUGUGGGACCGGAUUUGGAGCUGAAGAACCUUAAUAUGGCUGCCGGUGAACACCUUCAGCCUGAAUACCUAAAGUUGAACCCCUUUCACAAAGUUCCUACGCUCGUUGAUGACGACUUCGUUCUGUACGAGAGCAACGCCAUCUUAUACUACCUCAUUAACAAGUACGAUCCGGAUAGCACCCUGUACCCGAAAUGCCCCAGGAGCCGCGCUGCAGUGGACAAGGUCCUGGCCGCUGUCACCAGCACCAUUCAGCCGCACUACAUGGCUUUCUUCAGGCCGAGGUUCUACGAGAAGAAAAAGCCUACGGAACAGGAGAUCGAGCAAUUCGAAGAGAACGCUCUCCGUGGUUUCGAGCACCUAAUUGGGGACGGGAAGUACGCGGUGAACGAUACCUUGACUCUGGCUGACUUCAGUCUCGUUGCUCACCUCACACUUGCCCUUGAGCUUCCCCACUUUCGUGCUGAGAAGUUCCCCAAGCUUGUGGCUUACUACGAGCGCCUCAAGAAGGAGCUGGAGAGUUUCGAAGAGAUCAACCGUCCCGGACUGGAAGCCCUCAAGAAGCGAUGGGAAGAGCUCGUCUAAUGCUCGCACGUCCCGCAACGAAGAAAAAAUCCAGUGACCAAUCGGAGGGUCUUACUUCUUGCUCUCCUUUCGCAAAUAUAAAAACAUACAACAACAAUGUAUACUACGUAAUACUAUAACAAUGUAUAAGCUAUAUAAUUGACGUGCCAAUCCAUCGCAGUAAACAUUGCAGACGGA